UCUCGCUAGAGCGACAGUGCGUUAGUGCUAUAACUGCGCUUCGUUAUGGAUUCCAACUCAGAUUCAUUUGACAACAUGCCGCUACCGAAGAUCGAAUUAGAAGCGGAACCUGAAUCUCCGACACACAAGAAAGAGGUUCGCUACAAUUGGAACACCGAGAGCACAAUGAAACUGAUUCAAACUAUGGAGAAGGAGUGCAAGGAAUUGUGGGACGUAAAACAUCCGGCAAAUAAGGACAGGGCCGCCCGGCAAGCCCGAAUGGAAUAUUUGGCGGGCCUUUUCGACACAACCUUGGAGGAGAUAAGCCGAAAGAUACACAAUUUGAGGUCACAGUUUAACAACGAAGUGCGGAAGAUACGGAAGAGGACGGGGGGCCUGGUAGCGGCGGGGAUAAGCAGCUGGGAUUACUUCGACGCGCUGUCGUUUCUACUGCGCACGCCCCCCGACCCCCUCGACGUACCCCUCGUCUCACCCCUGAAGGGGGUCAACCUUGCGCUAGCAGAGUUCCAAGCGGAGGAGGAAGUGGCAUUCGGCAGGGUGGGCCGCAUGAGUCAAAGCCCGCGUAUCCUGAUGGUGCGCAAUGUCUGCUCGUCCUCUCCCAAUCCUCUGCCUCAGAAAAUCUGGAACGAGGAACCCGUCAUACUCGUUAAUCAGGAACCCCGCCCUGAUAACUGCCAGGUAUUUGGUGACUUCGUAGCGUCGCAGUUGAGGCAGCUGCCUUCCCAAGAGGCACGCAGUAGACUGAUGCAGAUGAUACAGAAAGCAGUCCUACAAGUUGCCGAAGAAGAGAGUGAGGUCUCCCAGGAAGAAAAUUAAAAGGGACUGGUGUCGUUUGAGGUUAUAGUAGAAGCCUUACGUGUUAUAAAUAUUAAAAAAAAAUAGAAAAUAAAAAAAGCA